GAACAUAGGAGCCCCCGAGAGGAAGCCAUCAACAUCCCGGACCAACCAUGUGUAGGCUGUACUUUUUCUUCAACAUUAUCUGCCUGUAUCUGGCCAUCAAAAGUGCGCUCGGUGUGGAGCUGGACGGCACUGAUCAAAAGUUCUCCGAGUUCCGGCCAUCGGCACACGACGGCUCCGACAGUCCAAUGGAUGGCGACGGGGUACGGCGCGAUGACGACGGUGGGGAAGGCGUGAGCAAACGGGCCGCGGCCAUGUGGUUCGGGCCCCGGCUGGGUAAACGUACACUUCCGGGCGAUCUGCACGACGAGCUGGUGGAAGAGUUUGACAGUGAACCGCUGGCGUAUGUCGGAGAGCAGCCGCAAAAGUUGGCCAACGAGUUGGUGGCGGGAGCCCCGUACGUUGUGUUGCUGCUGACCGCGAAGACACGAAAACCGCAGCCCCUGUUCUUCCACACGGUCGCACCGCGGCUGGGGCGACGGGACUCGGUCGGCGAGAACCACCAGCGGCCCCCGUUCGCCCCUCGGCUGGGUCGGAAUCUGCCGUUUUCGCCCCGCCUGGGACGAUCGUUCACCGCGGGAUAUCCACUUCCGGUGGCGUUGUCCUACUAAAGACGACCGGACACCGGGCAACCCGGGAGCCCGGAAGCCGCUGGUCAACGAAGCACCACGACGGUUGCGUUUAUUAGCAUUUAAAAAGGAACCUACCACACGACUCUAAUGGCUGGAAUCUAAUAAACUCGAUCGUCGUGCGCCGUCGUCCGGCCGGCCACCGCACACCCGAUGCUCACUCGGAACCCU